AUGUCUACAGCUGAUAGCCAUGGUGCUUCAAAGCAAUAUCCUACUCUCUCUAGGCGUGCACCCACUCCAGGCAAGGCAACAAUACUGGCACUAGGGAAGGCCUUCCCCAGCCAAGUUAUUCCUCAGGAAUGUUUGGUGGAGGGCUAUAUGCGUGACACCAAAUGCGAUGAUGCUUCGAUUAAGGAGAAACUGGAGCGACUUUGUAAAACCACUACUGUGAAGACAAGAUACACAGUCAUGUCCAAGGAAAUACUAGAAAAAUACCCGGAGCUUGCAACAGAGGGCUCUCCAACAAUCAAGGAAAGACUCGAAAUAGCAAACCCGGCAGUUGUUGAGAUGGCACUGAAAGCAAGCAUUUCUUGCAUCAAUGAAUGGGGUGGGUCGGUAAAAGAUAUCACCCAUAUUGUCUAUGUAUCUUCCAGCGAGAUACGCUUACCAGGUGGCGACCUCUACCUUGCUAGUCAGCUUGGACUAAGGAAUGACAUUGGCCGUGUGAUGCUUUACUUCCUAGGCUGUUAUGGAGGUGUCGCUGGACUCAGAGUUGCCAAGGACAUAGCCGAAAACAAUCCGGGAAGCCGUGUUUUGUUAACUACUUCUGAGACUACGAUUCUUGGUUUUCGCCCUCCGAACAAGGCACGCCCUUAUGACCUUGUGGGGGCUGCACUCUUUGGCGAUGGAGCUGCAGCUAUGAUUAUCGGAGCCAACCCUGUAAUAGGUAAAGAGUUUCCUUUCAUAGAGCUGAAUUAUGCAGUUCAACAAUUCUUGCCAGGUACACAGAAUGUGAUCGACGGACGCCUUUCUGAAGAGGGCAUAAACUUCAAGCUUGGGAGGGAUCUUCCUCAGAAGAUUGAAGAUAACAUCGAGGAAUUUUGCAAGAAGCUUAUGUCAAAGGCUGGUCUAACUGAGUUCAAUGAUUUGUUCUGGGCAGUCCAUCCUGGUGGCCCAGCAAUACUUAACCGGCUAGAGAACAAUCUCAAGUUAAAAACAGAGAAGCUAGGAUGCAGCAGGAGGGCUCUAAUGGACUACGGGAAUGUCAGCAGUAAUACCAUAGUCUAUGUUUUGGAAUACAUGAGGGAAGAGUUGAAGAGAGAUGGAGGGGAAGAAUGGGGACUUGCCUUAGCUUUUGGACCAGGCAUUACUUUUGAAGGCAUCCUUCUUCGUAGCUUAUAA